AUGUCAUUCCCUGAAGACGUUGUUUUGUUGUAUACUUUGUUGAUUCAUAGAUUCAACUACAUUUGGUUCAAUUUCAAGAAGAUCAUUCCUGAAACAUUCUUGAAUUCAUUCAUGGACUUCUUGUCUGUUGCUGAUACAACAAAAGACUUCUUGCAACAAGUCGCCGUCUCCAACUUCAUCGCGCAAGUUGCUCCUGAUAUCAAAUUGGACAGAAGAAGUGCCCAGUUCUUGGUUCUCAAUGGAGAAGGAGAUGUCAGAAAAUCUAUCAUUGCGCAGUUCACUCGACAGAUUUCGAAACUCAGUCCAAGUCGUCUACAACUUCGUGAGAAGCCUUGGCAUGUUUCAUUCGUUGGAGAAUCAGCUAUCGAUGCUGGUGGUCCAAGAAAAGAACUCUUCAUUGAACUGGCAAAUUCGAUUUUCCAGCCGACAUCUCAUCUUUUCAUCCAAUCUCCAAACGGAAGGAAUCAUUGUGGAUCGUUCAGAGAUGCAUAUGUUCCAUCAACAACUCUCGGAAAAGAUUCUUAUGAUCAGUACAAAGCGAUUGGAACAUUCCUUGGAAUUAUCAUAAGAAAUGGUUUCCCACAGGAUAUUCCUUUCGCUCCUUUCAUUUGGAAACAUCUUGCAGGAGAACUAUUGCAAGAAAACGACAUAAUGAUGGUCGAUGAACAAGUUAAGACACUCUUCGACAGACUCAGACAAUCGAAGAAUGAUUUGGACUUCACAUCGAGAUUCCAACAAAAAUGGACUUAUAUUUCUUGGACAGGAGAAAUCGUCAAUUUGCCAUCGCAACAUCACACUGAUUACGUCACUGGAGAAUCAGUUGAACAGUUCAUUGACGAGUUCGUUCAAGCGAGAAUCAACGAGAUUUCCCAGUACUUGGAUCUCAUAAGGAGUGGUUUCGCAAUUAACAUUGGUUUUGAAACACAUCCAAUGAUGAAUGCAACUUUGAUUGCUUUGUUGGUUCAAGGCUCAAAUGUCAUCACUACAGCUCAGUUGAGACAAAUAACUACAUUCGAUGGAUUCAAUAAAUCCAAUGAAUAUGUUAUUUCCAACUAUUGGGCAGCUGUUGACAGAAUGUCCAAUGAACAAAGAUCCCUUUUGUUGAAAUUCGUUACAACUUUGACUCGUUUCCCCAACAAAGAAUUGAAUCCAACUUUCCACAUCCAAAUCAAAUCAAGCGGUGGAACUGAAGAUAGACUUCCACACGCUCAGACUUGCUUCUGCAGAUUGCAUCUCCCUAACUACACAACUCCUGAUAUCGCUUACAACAAGAUUUCUCUCGCUAUUGAGAUUUGUACAACUAUGGAAAAUAUGUAA